AUGCUUUUUGGGCAUCGUCAAGUCCCAACUUUUCCGACCGAUCGAAUCAUCCCUCUACGCGUCUGGGAUGACAUUCCACACUUGCGCUCAUUGGUUCAUGACUGUACCUUUGGCUUCGACGAUGUGCUCGAUAUCACGAAGCUACGUGAAGCACUACAUACUCUGCUUCAGAUAGGUAACUGGAGACAGCUGGGGGCGCGGUUGAGGUUGAACUCAGAAGGAAAACUUGAAUACCAUAUCCCAGCCCAGUACGACGAUACCCGAUCAGCAUUCAUCUUCACGACAACAAAGCAUACCUCGAGUAUCAAUGAUCACCCACUGGGGUCUCGUCUCCCACGAACAUCAUCAUCCAAGGCACCCUUCUUGGCCCCAUGCGCGGCCGAAUUCAGUCCCUUAGUGUGUGGCCAUGGCUCUCCCCAAGUCCUGAGGGAUUGGAUUUCGUCCGAUCUACCGCAGCUCAGAAUUCAUGUGGUCCUGUUUGAUGAUUCGACCCUGUUGACAAUCACACACCCGCAUACGCUGAUGGACGCGGUAGGGCGCUCAACAUUCCUGCGAGCCUGGACAGCCGUCCUGCGCGGCCAACUUGGGGAAGUUCCACCCUUCCGAGACCUGUCCGAGGACCCGCUGGCUUCGCUCGGUGUGGAAGUUCCAGGACCAAGCUACAUCCAUGCCGACCGGGUCCUUCAGGGACUUGGGAUCGUCGGAUUUGGAAUCCGCUAUUUGUUCGACAUGUGGUUCCACCGUCAACAAGAUCACCUUUUCCUCAUCCCUGGCCGCUUGGUGGACCGAAUGCGACAGGAGGUGCUGCAGGAAAUUCCCUCCUCCGAUGGCACGGCAUUUUCCUAUCUCAGCGAGAGUGAUGUGUUGCUUUCUUGGUGGCUGAAAAGUGUGACUCGGGCAUUGGACCUGUCACCGGAUCAAACUAUCAUGUCGAUGAACAUGUUCGAGAUUCGGGAUUUGUUCCGCGACUGGUUCCCGACCGGGAGCGCUUACAUCGGCAACGCCAUUUUCCCUUGCUACACCCUGCUUUCUGUGCCGGAGAUCAUGGGGGGCAGUCUAGGGACAUUGGCGCAAGCGAAUCGUCGCGCGCUGAGUCGCCACCGGACCAAGGAGCAGGUGCAUGCCUUGGCGGCCCUCCAAAGUCGCUCGCUGUUGAAGACAAUCCCGCUCGUCGGCGAGUCAAAUCUGGUGUUUAUGGCCUGCACUAACCAUCACAAAGCCCGGUUCUUUGAGCUGGAUUUUUCCGCGGCCGUGGUCCAACCAGGGGUUCCCUUGUCAAAACGAGCCAACCAGUUGGGGCGACCCUCGUAUAUAGGUUAUGCGGAACACACUGAUGGGUACUACUCAACGAGGAAUCUGCUGCGCGUGAUAGGGAAAGACGCCGUGGGCAACUGGUGGCUUUCAUGCACUCUACGAGAGGGGGCCUGGGAGAAAAUUGUCGGACUGUUGAAUUCUGCUUUGAUGGAAAUCGACAAGACCUUGGAAACCUGA